AUAGAUGCUUUCUUACACACUGAACAAUGGCUACUGAUUUUUAUAAAUCGAAAAUGUCGAUUGAAGACAUGACAACAUUACGCCCGGAAGCGCUGGUCAAGGCGCAGGAUUACCUGAAGCUUAUAAAGAAAACCGGCGAUCCUAACCUCAUCUUCAUCCACUGUUAUCAUAUAAUGAAGGUGGGUGGCCUGGAUGCAGAGGUACCGAGGCUCGUAGUUUUCGGCCAGCAGUCAAUGGGAAAGACCACUGUACUCGAUUUUAUCAUGGGUGGGCCCAUCGGUUAUUCUAGCACGGAUACCGGUACUAAACAACCAGUCGUGAUUAUAAUGAGGCCAAUGGAAGUAAUCAAUGAUGUUGCAGCUUCCAUGAAUGUUCAAAUUUCAUCAGAAGAACUUUCUGGAGGGAAAAUAUGGUGUCUUUUUAACGGUAAGCUUAUGGACAUAAGAUCAGUUCAGGACGCCAUGAGACAGCAUAUGCAAAAUAUCGGUGACAGUAUCAUUGCUGAAGAGCUAGAAGUUGAGGUUUUUGUACCUAAUGGUCUUAAUGCCAUAUUUGUUGAUUUACCUGGAAUAAAGGAUGAUUCUAAAGUCGGUGCUGAAUUCACAAGGAAUGUAGUUCGUAAUUAUGUAAAGAGCAAUCCAAAUGAUUUAUACAUUUUAGUUAAGAAGAGUUCCGAUGAUCCUGCCAACUGGCCGUGGUCGUUGAGGGAAUUUAUAACAACAGCUCCUCCUACAGGCUUAGGGUUAUCACCUCAUCAGACUGUAGUAGUUGGUACACGGGCAAGGGAGUUUUUGCUCAAUGAAAAAACAGACAUCAGAACAGCUGAGCAGCUGUUAGAGCGUGUUUUAAAGCGUAGUGUAAUUGAUUCUAGGGGAAAUAUGCUGCCUCUCCAUUUGCUUGAGUUGUUUUCCCUUUCUAUUCAGGCCAAAGAGUCUGGCGAUUUUAUUGCCAAUAAGGCUGAGAUGAAGAGGCAGAUAGCUAUGGGACAGCGAGAAGUUGAAGAUUUGAUUAAGACUUCGUUUGAGUCCAAGGGUGAUGCCUAUAGCAUUGAGGGUAUGACGGUCGUUGAGCGAUUACUUCAGAUGUUCAGUAUCAAUGGAUUUUUGACUACACUUGAUAGCAAAUAUCAGACAUUGGUUGCCAACACUUUUCGCAAUUUAGAGCGUAAGCUCGUUAGAAAGAAGAUGGAACUCGAACGUACUCUUCAAAUGCUUGAGCAGCGUAUGAAUCGGUUGAAUCCACAGAGCUUACGGGAAUCUAUCGCGUUAUUUAUAAGACAAUUUGUUGAGGUAGUACAGAAAAUGAUGACAGGUAAUUACACCAUCAUGAAGUUACCGGUUCCCCCUGAAGAGUUUUUGAAAUACUACGGAGGGAGCCUGCGAGACAACCUUGAAGAUGGAAAUGAGUUGGCGUUGAACUUAUUCCCCCAAGGUGACAUGUAUGAACCUGAUUUUUAUGACAACAUAUCCACACGCACUGAGACUCUGUUCAACAAGAAGUUGACUAUGAUGGACAGCGUGAAGCCGGGACGAUAUGUUCGAUACUUUACAAGUAAAAUCAAUGCUCACAUGUUUGGAUUGAUUGAGCCUCCUAGAAGAAACAAGACGAACCUUAAUGACGGGGGUAUUGAGAAUUACAUAUCUAAUGAUUACAAAUCGGAUGAGAUGAUUAACGUGGAAUUCAUUCAAAUUAACAACGGACAGGAGAAUUCAUUACACAAGAACAUUGACAGGAGCAGGAUUAGCCUGCUCACCCCUUUGCCAUCAGUUUCGGUUGACCAAAUGCAAGUCCCAUUAUACGCGUGGCACAAGACGCAAUCUAGCACUGGUUGGAUAUUGGUGAGACCUAUAGUAAUAGACAGGCUCCCACCUGAGAUCAUGGUACAAAAGUCGAACUACCGUGAAAUAGAGAUUGCCAACAAGCAAAUUGCCUUCAGGUAUUUAGAUGUGCCGGAAAACAAUACCGCUGAUGAUUCCGAGAUUGAAUCUACUGCCGAUAAAUUGACUACUACCUCAAUAAAGGGCCUGACCGGUAAGGAUGGUGACAAAGGUGCUAAGACUGACCACGAUAAAAGUGGACGUGACGGUGACAAAUCAAACCGCGCCAGCGAUAAAUCGGACAAGGAUGGCAGCGUAGUCGUUGACAACGAUGCAAAGAACAACCGUUAUGUUUAUUUCACCACUUGCAGUGAAAUUUUCUUGGAAGAUCCCAAAGUGGUUCCCUAUUAUAACAGUGCAUUGGAAAUGGUCAGUGGCGAACAUGCUGAAGCCCAUUUGUUAAAUCAACUGGCCGUAACCAAUAUAUGCAACUGGUUGAAAUUUCAAAUCAAGCACAUGGAACCUGAUAAACAUUUUACUAGCGAGGUCAUAUACCAAAUGCUCCGCAGUGUUCAUCAUGUUGUCGACCGUGCCGAUUGGGAACCUCUAAUAGCCGACUUGGUGCAGUCAAAUGUUAGGGGUGCGCUUUUACAUGCUGCUAGAUUAUCGGCUUGCGCCGCUGCCGCUGCAUUAAGAAGGGUGUUAAAGGCAUCCCUUGCUGAGGUAUUUAGGUGCAUUCAGCAAACUGAAUGCGACCAGACUUUAUACUGUCUAAGUGAAAGCCUACACUUCCAGGAGCAGAUAGAUCAACUUUGUGAGGAGUACUGCCGUCAGAAAGCUACUGAAUGUGCUAACGCGAUGAUGAACCUUAUAUUGGAGCAGACAUACUCUAUCCAAUUUGACGUCGCAGUGGACAUAUUCGACUACUGCUACCAAUUUGAGAAGUACUUCGUUAGUCGUGCCGGUCACCGUAGUUUAAUGGGUGAGGCGCUUUAUAGAGUCAGGGAAAAUUUUGCCAUGAGAAAGAGGCGACUUGCCAUGACUGAUAUCUUUGAGAAAUCUGAUGCCAAGACUUCACUUGAGUUAAUUUACGAGGAGGUUAAGGUGCAAUUCUGGGCCACGAAGAUGUUAUUGGCGUCUCCACUAGCUACAAAGAUAUAUACUCACUUUAUCAAGGACGUGGUCGACAGAAUGUCUAGUGAGAUGCAAGACCCAUCUGCCAGUGGAGACGACGAGCUUGAAAACUUUUUGCAAAAGAACAUAUUAUAUGAGACUAUAGAUGGUAACUGGGUAGCAAGGUCCAACACAAGAAUGGCACAGGACUACGACGUCAAUUCCAAAUACGAUAGAUUUGCUCAACAUUUCCAUGACACUAAGAACCUAUUGGAAUACGUGAACAUUGCGCUAGAGUCAAUAGCGCUCAUGAAGCGUGCGGAUGGCGGUCCGGAGUUUGUCGCUAAUUUAGACAAGGAUUUCCUCGGUGCGUGACAAUUUUAUAUUUCACCACAAUGCUGCAAACUUAGUUAAACAAUCGCAUUUCAGUUGGCUGAUUGAUGUAAGUAAUAUUACCCAUCAUAGUGCAACUGGCAUUCUAUCGCGAACCAGAUACAUAGCGCGAUAUUCGUAAAAUACGAUAACUAAUAUCGUCUUUUGACGUUAC